AUGGUAAUGCUCUGUUUGCUGUCUGAGACUCGGAAUACUGAUUUAUCCGCGGACUGGUGGUGUGGUCUUGAAAUCAAAUGGCUUUGGCAAGCUUGGCCAGAAGAAAGGGUUACCUUCUUUCUAGAACCUUUUCCAACCAGACCUCUGAAGACCGAGGAGCAGGUGAAGGCACUUGGUGUUGAAUACCGUGUUGGAAAAUUCCCUUUCCUUGCUAAUAGCAGAGCCAAAGCAAUUGAUGAUGCUGAAGGACUUGUCAAGGUUUUGGCCGAGAAGGAAACUGACAAGAUUUUGGGAGUUCACAUUAUGGCCCCAAAUGCUGGAGAGCUCAUUCAUGAAGCAGCAAUAGCAUUGCAGUACGAUGCAUCUAGUGAAGACAUUGCUCGGGUGUGCCAUGCACAUCCAACAAUGAGCGAGGCAUUGAAGGAGGCUGCCAUGGCUACCUAUGACAAACCCAUUCACAUGUAGAUCUUAGAGAACUCAAUUACUUCUUUAUUCUUGUGAUUUUUGGAAAUGACUUGCCAAGACUUUCCACCACCAAGUUUCUUUCUCCCGUUAUUAUAUAGCUGCCAGAUCAAGUUCAAGUGCUUGAAUACAAAUUUGUUUUGUUAAUUUUCUCUUCGGCCAUGAUGAUCAGAUAACUUGGUAUGCUGUUUUUCAUCAAAGUGUUAAUAACUUGGUAUGUUGAGCUCUACUAAUUGGUCUGUGUAAGGUUUAUUAUAUUGGUUCACCUACAAUAUAUUUCUUAUAUUGAAUAAUACUUUUUUUAGGUA